CGUGUCAAAGCCCUCUGCAGGCGUGCACCAAAACUUUUGCUCACACUGACUGAGCCUUUCUUUUCUCUGUUGGCGGGGGGAAGCAACAUGGCAGAGGUUGGCGUUCAGGCCGGAAGAAGAAGAAACGAGGGGAUUGUGAUCAACGACGACUGGCCAGGUUACAGCUUGGACCUCUUCAGCUACCCGACCCAUUACUCUGGAGACCUGGACUGCGUCAUCAUCCCGCAUGGAGUCAUUAUGGACAGGGCAUUGUGGGCACAGGAAAGACAAUGAAAACUCUCCUGAAGCAUGUUGAAGCCUUCAGACCCAAAAUGAUCAAAGUUGCGGGAUUACUGGUGAAGAGAGUAAAUAAUAGAUCAACUUGUGUCCCUGACUAUGUCGGCUUUGAGAUACCCAACCGUUUUGUGGUCGGAUACGCCUUGGACUACAACGAGUAUUUUAGAGACCUUAAUCACAUAUGCGUGAUUAACGACAGCGGGAAGAAGAAAUAUAAAGUUUAAAGGAACAAAAGGGACCGUCAUGCAUGACAUGACUUACUGCAAGCCCAGACAUUUCCCUGGAGAUGCUAUUCCCACAUCUUUGCUCUGAUAACAUCUUAUCUCAAACAUACUUGUAAGGUUUCUUCUUUCAAGCAUGUUUGUUUGGCAAUUGAACAUACCACAUUUAUCUGAUAAUGUCAGCAAAAUGGGAAAAUUUUCAAGAUAAGACAACUGACUCGCUUGUUUACCACCACAGUGUUCAUUUUGUAAAUGUGACUCUGUUACUAAGACCUUCUCUGUUAUUACC